UUGCCAUGGAGCUGCAAGAAUGGGGAACAAACAGACCAUCUUUACAUCCCAGCAACUGGACGCAUAUCAGGACUGCACUUAUUUCACCAGAAAAGAAAUUCUGAGACUGUUUCAUCGAUACCGAGAUCUGGCUCCGCAGCUCGUGCCGCUGGACUACACGAACCAACCGGAAGUGCGUUUGCCCUACGAGCUGAUCGGCAGCAUGCCGGAGCUGAAGGAUAACCCGUUCAGGCAGAGGAUCGCUGAGGUUUUCUCAGAGGAUGGAGAAGGGAACAUGACUUUGGACGACUUUCUGGACAUGUUUUCAGUGCUGAGUGAAAUGGCCCCACGGGACCUGAAGGCCUAUUACGCUUUUAAAAUCUACGACUUCAACAACGAUGACUUCAUCUGUAAAUCAGAUCUGGAGAAAACCUUAAAUAAGCUGACGCGUAACGAGCUGACCGAGGAUGAGGUGAGGAUGGUGUGUGAGAAGGUGAUUGAUGAAGCUGAUCUGGACAAUGACGGCCGUCUGUCUCUAGAGGAUUUCCAGCACAUGAUCGUGAGAGCGCCUGACUUCCUCAGCACCUUCCACAUCAGGAUAUGAAGAUCAUCUGGACACUGAACAACAGGACAAUUACUUUCUAAAGAAGAUCUUUCUCUGCAGAUUCAGAAGUCAGGGACAGAUGUUGGCUUAUGUUAAAAUUUAAAACACAGAAAUAAAGAAGGCACCUGUUUAAUAAAAUAUAAGGAUACUUCUCUUAAACAUAAGCAAAUACUGUGUGCAAAAAGCAAAGCUUAUUUUUUUGUCAACCAUAUAGAGCUACAGCAAAUCGACACCUGAAAAUAACUCAUCCGUCAAUA